UUCUUUUUUGCAUGGUGGUUAGUUAUUGACACUGCUGUUGUUUUUACUCCUACUGGAGAUUGGAAUAAUUGGGUUAACUCUGUGUCAAAUCGUGCACUUGAAGGUCUUUAUUCCGAAGAAGGUGUUCUUGGAGCACUCGAAUCUGGCUUAUGUUUGGAUUUAUAGGCAGUUUUGCUUGUAUCAUCGCAGGAAUAUGGAUUAUGUUUGGUGAUUAUGUUCUUCAAAAGAACGACAAUCCUAAAUGGCCAGGUGUUGCUAUCUUCCUUCACACUCUUCUUACCUUCAUUGCUUCUCUCACCUACAAAUUUGGACGAAGUGAAGAGCUUUGGGAUUAG